UGGAGGUUUAAUAGUCACAUUGCAUAUUAUGAGUAUGUUUUUUAUUCUAAAAUGUAAGUAUUCACACAGUUGGAACCCGUUCCUCAAAACUACACACACAUUAAUAAACCUUAAGAAAAUCUCACUUACCACACACACCGAUUCUCCUCAUGAAGUAUUGGAAUAGAGCUGUGACAGUCAUGUGGAUGUAUCUGAAUACAGUAGGAGGAGCCUAAUGCUCCUGUUGGUUUGUUAUCAUUCUAUGCACAUCAGCAGGGUGUUGCAUAAUGUAACAGGAGGGGUGUUGCAUAAUGGGAGACGGCACUGGACAGCUGGCAUCAUGCACGCACAGACUUCCUUAUAAAACUGGAAAAAGGAGCACAGUUUACACACAACAAUCGAGUAAUAUAUGCACUUUUAAUAAAAGGAAGAAGAAGAAGAGAAAAGGCGAUAGUCCCGUUACAAAUCCCUCGACGGACGCUUUUGCAAUCUGACAAAUGGGGAGACUGACCAAUCAACGACUGAGUGGGCGGGGUCAGUUUCAAGAAUCAGCCAAUCAGUAAUCAUCAAAGCGAACGCAUCCGUCAAAGAAGGGCUAUAUUGUAGCAGAGCGAUGUCGCAUUCAAUGUUGCUUCGUGCAACGAUCGCCGCGGUAGCUCGUCCUCGGUAUUGACUCGGUGACCCCACAGAGAUGUGGUUACAUGUCGCGAGCGCGUGUACAGCAAGAGCUCCCUUCUUUAUGUCAAAAAAAGACAAAUCCCGGAGCUAGCUCACUACAGCAAAACUUCUGCAAGGACUUUUUGAGUUUAAAAUCCACGCAACAACAACAACAAAAAAGAAGAAGAAGAAGAAGAAACUCGCCAUCAUGGAGAUUCCCGAAGAGGCAGCGACGGAAGGCGACAGCGUGGUUGACUUUUCCCAUCUGAGCCUGAACGUGUUCAGCGUGGACAGUAUGAGCGACGAGAGGAAGCGGGACACCAGGCAGCUCUACUUGAACUACAACCGGCUCGCCUCGCUGCCCUCGUCGGUCAGUCUGUUCUGCAACCUCGAAUUUUUGGACAUCAGCAACAACGGGCUGUCGGCCAUCUGCGAGGGCGUGACGCGGCUGGCCCGGCUGAAAACACUCGUCGCCAAGAACAACCGCCUGGACGAGUUCUCGCUGCCCAAAGACUUCGGCUCCCUGCAGCUGGAGGUGUUGAACUUCAGUGGGAACCGGUUUACGGAGAUCCCGCUGCAGUGCAUGAAGCUGCUCCGGCUGCAGUCGCUCUCCCUCGGGGGGAACAGACUGACGAGCAUACCCGCAGAGAUAGAGAACCUCGCCAGUUUGGAGUUGUUGUAUUUGGGUGGGAACUUCAUCACAGCCAUUCCUCCAGAAGUGGCUAACCUGCCCUGGCUCAGCUACCUGGGCCUCUGUGACAACCGCAUCCAAAGUGUCCCCCUGCAGCUCACCAGGCUCCACUCGCUGCGAUCUCUCAGUCUCCACAACAACUUGCUCACUUACCUGCCGAGAGAGAUCCUCUGCCUGGUGCACCUGCAAGAGCUCAGUCUCCGUGGCAACCCACUGGUGGUGCGCUUCGUCAAGGAGAUGACCUACGACCCUCCGUCGCUGCUGGAGUUGGCGGGACGUACCGUCAAGAGCCGAAAUAUACCCUACGACCCCUGCGAGCUGCCCUCAAACCUGCUGCACUACCUAGACUUGGCCAGCAAGUGCCCCAACCCCAAGUGUGCCGGCGUCUACUUUGAUUCUUGGGUGCGCCAGAUCAAGUUUGUGGACUUCUGUGGGAAGUACCGGCUGCCCCUCAUGCACUACCUGUGCUCCCCAGAGUGCACCUCUCCCUGCAGCUCCAACCCCCAGAGCGACGCCGAGUCGGAGGACGAGAGCAGCGUGCCCGCCUACCGCCUGCAGAGGGUGCUUCUGGGAUAGCGUGGAGGAGGAGGAGCCUCUGACCCUCUGGAUAGGCCCCGCCCUGUCAGUCUGUCACUGCGCUUGACAUUCAUAGAUAUACGGAGGGGAGGUUUGCUGUCGGACUUGACUUGUGUCACAGUCCGCCUGCAGCAUACCUCCUGAGGCCUUGACGACACGUCGACUCCAUUUAAAGGAACUUCUUGGAAAGAAAUCCGUCGACACACACACACACACACACACACACACACACAUCACUCCAUAGGAUGAGCCAUGUAGCCGUGUAGCCCGUCAGGACUCCAUCGAUGUGCUCGUCUCGCGGGCGAGCGUCAGAGCGCCAGGCUCUUUUCCAUUCUCUAUUCUUCAUACAACACGUGGUGCUUUUCAGUAGAAACGGCACGCUAGUCUGCAUUUCCUGCUAGUUUGGAUAUGAACUCUUUAUUACGGCUACUGGCCGGUUUUCAUUUACAUUUCGAGCACCAAAGCAGCUAUGCCGAGGAGAAAAAAUAAGCCUUGGAUUUAAAAAAGUAUACCCGCUCCAACUUUGACAUGAGCGCAACACGGCAGUAUUCUAACUGGUUGGAGUACGACGUGUGAGAUGGCCUUCUUCACACCGCGGGCAAUGCUUUCGUGCAGUUAAGUCGUCUCGAGGUUUAUCCGUGUUCGCCCGCGGCGUGGUCGGGAUCAUUCAGACGUGACGCCUGAACCAAUCCAGAAUACGGGUUAUGUGAGCAUGUGGAAGAAAGCUUGUCGGAGCCUGCUCACAGGAAGUGGAUGUGGGUUGGACCAGGGAAAACCCUUCGCUGUGUUAGCACAGGAACAACAGCACAAGGGGCAGCCGGCGUGCUCACUGUGUCGGCGCUGCAAUAUAAAUGUCUGAGUCUCGUCUUCCUCCUUGUAUGGAAAGCUGGGAGAUGUUAUUGCCUCAAGGGAGGAAGAAAGAAAACCUCCCCGUGGCUUCACAGUAGACGGUUUAGAAAACAGAAGAAUACUCCUCUAUGUUACAGUAACACUUAUACGAGAACGUUAAAGUGCCUUGCUCAUAGUGACUUCUACAAAAUGUGAUCUAGGCCUAUGCACCCUGAAAUGUGACAGGAUUAACAUUAUGAUUAAUAAGUUCUUUUAUUUUUUGAGUGAGUUUUAAACUCGACCUCUUAACAGUACACGCUACUUUAAGGUUUUUUUUAUAACAAUAUGAAAUGCUUUUAUAUAAAACCCUUUUCUCACAUGUUAAACACUACACAUUUAAAUGAAUAGAUGGCACUUGAACAGAAUAUAUAUUAAUAAGAUGUAUAAAUUGUAUUUACUUGGACCCUAUUCAGAUAAUGUAAGUAUAGACUGUACGGUAUAUAAUGCCAAAAAUAAAGACUGAUUGUAAUAACUUUAAA